CUGCCGGUGUCUUUAAACAAACUCUGGCUUCUCACAACACAAUUAAUCCCGCAGGUGCUGAGGAGCCUGCUGAAGAGGCAGGCUGCGAGGAUGCGCUGUCUGGCGGCCCGGGUGAACUACAAGACGCUGAUCGUGAUCUGCGCGCUCUUCACGCUCAUCACCGUGCUGCUGUGGAACCGCUGCUCCACCGAGGGCGCCCUGCGCUUCCUGCCCCGCGCCGCCCUGGUGGCGCCCAGCCCCAGGAUCGGGGACGCCAGCAUCAGCAGCCAGCAGCAGCACCCCCCCCAGCCCCCGGAGCCGCCCCCCGUCGUCGGGGGGAACCGAAACGAGGAGAUCGACUGCCUCAUCAACGACGAGACCACCGUCAAAGGCCGGAGGGAGGGGAACGAGGUCUACCUGCCCUUCAGCUGGGUGGAGAAGUACUUCGAGGUGUACGGAAAAGUGGUGCAGUAUGACGGCUACGACCGGUUCGAGUUCCAGCACAGCUACUCCAAGGUUUACGCCCAGCGCGAGCCCUACCACCCCAACGGGGUCUUCAUGUCCUUCGAGGGGUACAACGUGGAGGUCCGAGAUCGUGUCAAGUGCAUCAGCGGAGUGGAGGGGGUGCCUCUGUCCACUCAGUGGGGCCCUCAGGGCUACUUCUACGCCAUCCAGAUCGCCCAGUACGGUUUGAGCCACUACAGCAAGAACCUGACGGAGCGCCCCCCCCACGUGGAGGUCUACGACACGGCGGAGGAGCGCGGCGGCCCCGCGCCCUGGACCGUGCCCAAAGGCUGCAGCCUCAGCCGAGUCUACGACAAGAGCAGAUCUACCUCCGUGCGCCAGUUCAGCGCUGCAGAGUCAUCAGAGGGUGUUUCCCUCCCGCUGGGCAACUCCAAAGACUUCAUCCUCAGCCUGGACAUCAAGUUCGUGUCCAACGGCAGCGUGUCGGUCGUCCUGGAGACCACGGAGAAGGGCGCCCCCUUCACCAUCCACUACGUGACCAGCACGCAGCUCAUCGCCUUCAGGGAGCGAGACGUGACCUACGGGGUGGGGCCGCGGGGCGCCUGGAGCACGCUGACCCGGGACCUCCUCACCGACCUGAGGAAGGGAGUCGGCCUGUCCAACACCAAGGCGGUCAAAGCCACGAAGAUCAUGCCCCGGCGGGUGGUGCGCCUGGUGCUCCGCGGGCGCGGUUUCCUGGACAACGUGACGGUCUCCACCACCGCGCACAUGGCCGCCUUCUUCGCCGCCAGCGACUGGCUGCUGCGCAACCAGGACGAGCGCGGGGGCUGGCCCAUCAUGGUCACCCGCAAGCUGGGCGAGGGCUUCCGGCCCCUGGAGCCCGGCUGGUACUCGGCCAUGGCCCAGGGCCAGGCCAUGUCCACCCUGGUGCGGGCCUACCUGCUCACCAAGAACCAGGCCUACCUGGGCGCCGCGCUGAAGGCGGUGGGGCCCUUCAAGGUGCCCUCGGCCCAGCACGGGGUCAAGGCCGUGUUCAUGAACAGGUACGACUGGUACGAGGAGUACCCCACCACGCCCAGCUCCUUCGUGCUGAACGGCUUCAUCUACUCGCUGCUGGGGCUGUACGACCUGGCGGAGACGGGCGGGGAGGCUCUGGGCCGCGAGGCGGCGCAGCUCUUCGCCCGCGGCAUGGAGUCCCUGAAGGCCAUGCUGCCGCUCUACGACACGGGCUCCGGCAGCAUCUACGACCUGCGGCACUUCGUGCUGGGCUCCGCCCCCAACCUGGCGCGCUGGGACUACCACACCACGCACAUCAACCAGCUGCAGCUGCUGGCCUCCAUCGACGGCGCGCCCGUCUUCAGGGACGCCGUCAGGCGCUGGAAGAACUACCUGAAGGGGAUCCGGGCCAAGCACAACUAGCCGGGAGGGCCAGGUUGGAGGUUUAACGCCCGCCUAGAGACCAGGAUCCAGGGCAUCCUGAGCCGAGGAGGGGAUUCCGGCGCCGGAUUUCCGGCUUUCCGGGCCCCAAUGUUCCGGUUUUCCGGCUUUUCCGGGCGCUUCCCGCCUCCAGUGGGACGUUCACAACCUGAGGGGACGAGUCCGGUGGGCUGCAGCUCUCGACACUAAACUUUUCCAGAUCCUUUUCUGCAACGGCUGUAGCUCUUCUUCGUCUUCUUUUUCUUUCGUUUUUGUCCGUUACCACGGAGACGGCGUUUGUAAUCACACACAGGUCUAGUUUUCAUUCAGGAAGAAUGAGUUUUUCCUUUACGUAGAAAAAAGACAAAAACACGAUGCUGGAGAGAGGGGGGGAACUCCCCGAACACGGUUCUGCUGUUCUUUAAUUCUUUCAUCUCACUUUUCUUCUACGUUUCCGCUCCAUUUCAUCUCAGAGUUGCAAAGUUUAUAAAAAAACAAACUGUGAAUGGAAAGAAUGUUGCCAAAAAAUGUCAGUGGAAUCAAAGUAGGAUGUAUAUGAUUUUUGUUUCUCCACAUGCUUAUUUUCUCAGUUUGAACCCCUUAAAUAACAGUGAUGACUAAUAAUUACUGUAGGGAGAUUAUGUUAUUAAUUAAAGGAGCUUACCCCGUUUUUUUUUUUCUCCUUUUAAUUUAUAAAUGAAGGCGUGGAUUAGAUGUGUAUUAAACCGAAAGCAGCUCGGAGGAAUAAAACGCUCGGACUGGAGCCUUCCCGUGGCAAACGCAGAGAUAAACCCAUCAGACGUUAAACCCUAAUUAACCAUUCAUCCUCGUUAUUUGUGGGUGUUGACGCUAAUGAGACGCCGGUAUCGGCCCGUCACACUUUGCCACAAACACCAACCUGUGGGAAAACUAAGUCGGUUUAAGUCGGAGACGACGAAGAAAAAACUCUCUCUGGAUUAAUGGUUCCUCUUCCAUGACUCAGGAAGGCCGAGAAACGCUCGCUCAUCUCCUGACGCACGGUGGAAAUGCACCGUUUGGGCUUCUGUUAAAUCUUCCUAAUGGACCCUCUUAAGUGAUCGAAAACCCCCAAACCACCUCCUGAUUCAUCAGAAUCGGGCCGAAAUCGUUCUUCUUCUCCUUCCAGCCAGUAGUCGUCGUCCACUCUUCCUCCAGCCCUUCCUCUCUUCCUCCUUCUGUGGGGGGCUUUUCUGAACCGCCCCCCCCCCCUCUGCAAUCAGGCCUGGAAACCAUAAUUACCGGAUACUGGUGUAGGUGGUUAGCUUAGCUAGCCUGUCACUCCCUCAGUAUUGGAGCAAACCAUGCCAGAGGCUGGGGGGGGGGGGGGGGGGGUUUAGCGUCCCUGGUCAGGGAUGAGUCAGCACUCAAACGGAAACAAAGCGGAGCCCUCAGCCUCAAUGAGCCGCUCAUCCAUCUACACUAACGAUUAUUAACCGGAGGCACGGGGCCGAGGAGCUGUUUUUUUUGUUUGUUUUUUUACAAAAACCAUCAGAUCUUUGAGACAGUUUUAGGUAAUUGCACCAAGUCCAGUACACAUGAUUUAGAGGCCAUGUUUACAUGUCCGAUAAUAUUCUGGUUUCAUUCUGAAUAGGAACUACUAAGUCGGGAGCUUUUUCUGACCCCCUGAAUCCAAAUGAGGUUGUUUUCAUGGUUAAUUGUGAGAAAGUGAAACUAUGCGAGUGUCGUAUCAAAAACCAACCCUGAAUGUUCUGAGGAAUAAGUAGAAGAUUCAUGACAAAAACAACGUUUUAGUCUCCUCUGCUGUUUAACGAAAAUCAAAAGUUGAAAAAACUAGAAAAACCAACCAGGUUUUGGAUAAUCACUCUGUUUUGUUUUGUUGUUUUUUUU